UUUAGCUGAAUGAAAAAAAUCGGAAUUAGUGUACCGAGUCAAGACCAUACAUCAGGUUUCUAGCGCAGUUGAAACCUAAGUGAAUUCAAAAUGUCGCAAUCAAGGACCACGUCGUUGAAAUCAAAUGCAGAAGAUUCUUCAGACAACUAUGAAGAGUCAGUGGAAAUAUCAAAUACGGAAAAAGACCUGGUAGAAGACAGGAGUAUGCAAAUCUUACAUUGUGAGGAGGAAGAUCAAAAUUCUGCAGCUGAUGAACCUGAAGAGUCCACUUCACAGGACAUCUGGAUUCCACCAGCGUCUUCCAAUAUCAUUAGUCAACAUCAGGAAGUGGAAUGGAUGACAGGAGAUACUUUAAGUCAAGAAGAAAAAUUAAUCAUCCUGUUGGACGAACUAGAAAUGAUUCUUGAAAGUGACGAGUAUGACGACAGCUUAAGAAAAAGUCUACGGGAAUCGAAUCCAGGAUAUCUUAAAAUAAUCGAAAAAAGAAGGAAAGAUCUAUUAAAAGAAGACCAUGGAAUUGUUGUCGCAGGUGAGACAAGCGCAGGGAAAUCGACGUUAAUAAACAAAAUACUACAAAAAAGAAUAUUUAAAGCCAAGCUGAGGGAGUCUACCUCUACAAUUUGUAAAAUAAGAAAUUCUGAAGAAGUAAAGAUUAUCACUGAACGUAUAAAUGGGAAACUCGAAACAAUUACUUUAACAGAAAAGUGCAAUCUUGAAACAGAAGACGGACAAAAGUUACUGAGAGAUACAUUGGAAAAAUUAACAGAUAUGACCUCAACGGAGGACAGCAAAAAUUUCCGAUCCGUAGACGUUGGAUUCCCAAUACCUUUUCUCAAGGGCAACACAAUUAUUGUUGAUACUCCAGGAAUAGGUGGUUCUGGAGACCUCAGCAAGAAACUGAUGGAAUACCUCCCAAAUGCAGUUUCCUUUAUUUUUGUUGUCGAUGUAGCAAGUGCUGGGGGUAUGCAGAAUGACAGGCUUCCACAUAUUCUGAGGUCAAUAAUACAGCUUCAAGUAGAAGACGAGAUGCCAUGUUUUGAUCCAGGAGAGGUAAUAUUCAUUACAAAUAAGUGGGACAACAUAGGAAAAGAAGAGGACAGUAGCGACAAUGAUGAAAAGAAUACCUGGGAAGAACUGAAGAAAGAAAUUAAAACUAGUUGGCCGUCUGUAAAAGAGGAAAAUAUUUUCAAAAUGAGUCUAAUAAAAGUGACACCACAAAAAACGAAUUCUUCAACAGAGGAGUUUGAAAAAUUCCAACUAUCCUUAAGAAAGAUUAUCAAGAAAAAUGAAAAUAUCAGACUUUUACAACAUUUAAGAUUCCUCCACGAGUUGUUGAAAAAUGUGAUAAAAGGGAUAGAUUCUGGACUAGCGUUAGGGAAAAAAAGUGAAAAAGAACAGAGGGCUUUAGCGGAGAGCCACAAGGAGAGAAUCAAGGAGUUAAUAACUAAAUGCAAAGAGGAGGGAACGAAGUUGCGGGAGAAUUUUCGAAAGAUAAUUGAAAACUCUGCCGAAGAAGUCUAUGAUUACAUGUCUACAGGUCUUGGAAAGGAUCGAAUAUUAAAUCCCCCAGGACAAAUGAGCUUAAUGGACAUUCCGUAUAUUCCAAACAUGUUCAGUGAACAGAUCAAAGCGAGAGUACAGAUGUAUGUCCAAGGUGUAUUGCAAUCAGAAGAAAAUCAAGAAAAGUUUCUUAUACUGAAAGAGAGAGUCCUUGCUUUUUAUACUGAAAUGUCUUCUGACAUUUCAGAAAUGGAAAAUGAUUGGACAGAAUAUUCAGAAGGAACACAUGCAGUGGAUGUUGAAGAAGGAUCAAUAGUACCAUAUGUGGCUGGUGUAAUUGCCACGUCACCACUCUGGAUACCAUUACUAGCGAUCGCAAUUGGCUUGGCAUUUGCAACUCUUGGUGUUGGUAUUGCUGCAUCGCCAGUUAUUGCACCAGUCAUCGGUUUUCUUGGUCGGAAAGAAAGAAGACAAAGAAUAAUAGAUGAGGAGUUUGAAAUGUGCAGGUCAACUAUUCGAAGCACAAUAUGUAAUCAUCUUGAGAGUGUUUAUAAGGAAUUAUUUGAAAAUCUUAUUCAAAAGACUAUAAACAAAAUCCUACCAAGAAGGAUAAAAUCAUUAGAGAAAAUGAUUCAUGAGUUAUCGGAAAACCGUCAGCAAAUACUUGCCAAUCAAGAAACGCUUGAACGUCUUUCUAGAAAGUUGAAAUCCAUCGAGCAAAGAAAAUUAGAAAUACAGAUGAGUGUUGAAUCAAUUAUAUAGAUUGAAUGUAUUUGGAUGUUGCGCUUAGUACUGAAGCUCGUGUUGUAACGUAUUCUAACUGCGUAAAAUAAUGUCAGCGUGAAAGAUGACAAUAUGUUUUUAUUGACUUGAUUCGAGGGCAACAUGCGUUUUGUCGGACCUAAGAACCAAACUGUUUGCCUGAGGCUGUUAUGCAGAAGGUAACAGUUUGGCUUGAGGGGUCGGCAAAAAGGAAUUUUGCCCGAUAACAGAGUCAAUACAUGUAUUUGUUUUAAAACUUUUACUUUUUAUUUUUGACAUAUGUUGUGCUGGCUUUUAUGCUAACGAUAAUUGAUAAUAUAUAGCUGAUAUCACUUACAGUUUGACAUAAAAAACGCAAUAUCUUAUCGACAGGUCCAGUUAAAUAUGUGCUUGUCAUAUUCAUUGGCUUUGUUAUCAUAUUUAAGGAGUCUUGUGGGUGUAAGUUCCAAACAUACGAUUUUUGAAAAAUUUUGUAUGGUGAAUUGUCAGUUCAUGAGUAAACUCUGUGCCAAAAAAGAAAAAUAUUCCCCAACUAGUUUGUCAGGUAACAGCGCUCAAAAUAUGGUCAUUUUUAUUGGUCCUAAGUGUAAUUUUACAUAGGAUUAUAUAGGGAAAACGGACAAUACCUUCUUCAUUUUACUAUUAAAAAAGACUCAAACAUAGGAUUUAUUUGAAAUUUAUACCAAAUCAUCCUCAAAUAUUCACCUUCUGAAAAAUAAAAAAAAUUUGGGUGUUAUGGACUAAAUUUUCUUAUCAUUGACAAAAGUUCAAAAACUUUUACUGGUUUAUCUGUUAUAUUGAUUUAUCAGGAAAUGCAAGUAUUAAAUGAAUUCAUAAUAAAUGCAGAAUGUGUACCCAUCAA